AUGGGGAUGUUAAAAAGAAUAUCUAUAGGAGCGCUGAUAUGGGUGACACUGUCUAUUGGACUUGCGGAAACACAAACCAGACUGACUCCACAACACAAUGAGCUGGUUUGUAGUGCUUGGGGGAACUACCAUUUCAAGACCUAUGAUGGGGACUACUUCCAGCUUUCAUCUUCCUGCAACUACAUUUUUACAUCGCAUUGUUCGACCACCUAUGAAGACUUUAACAUCCAACUGAGGCAUCAGGUGGUGAACAGUGAUCCAACAAUAAGCAAAAUCAUGAUGAAACUACAGGGGACAACAAUAGAGCUUACUAAAGGCUCUCUCAGCGUAAAUGGGCAAAUAGAGACACUUCCAUUUACCAACUCUGAAGUUUUCAUCGAGAAGAUGACAUCUUACAUUGCAGUCAAGGCUGUUUUGGGGCUAGAAGCCAUGUGGAAUGAAGAUGAUUCUUUCAUGGUCAAGUUAGAUGAAAAAUAUCAAAACCAAACAUGUGGACUGUGUGGUGACUUCAAUGGAAUCCAGGUUUACAAUGAAUUCAUCAGUGAUGGUAUUUGUUCAUUUAUUUAUUCAUUUUUGCAAUGCUGUCUGUUAAAAAAAAACAAAACACAUAUAUUUUCUUGCAUGUUUUACAUGAUUAUGGAUGGUCCAACAGAAAUCUGUAAGGAAGACAAGAUAUCUCUAGAUGAAAACUGUGGAGAUGAGAAUUUUUGUCGUGAUAUCUUCUCCAGUUCAGUGUUCAGUGAUUGCAGAGGUCUGGUUUCCAUCGAUUCAUUUGUCCAAGUUUGCAUGGAAGACUUAUGCCAUUGCAAUGGCUCUUCUGGAUCCUUCUGCCUAUGCAAAACUAUCGCUGAAUAUUCUAGACAGUGUGUACAUGCAGGUGGAAGGCCUGAAGAAUGGAGAACAGAAUAUUUUUGUCCACAUCCGUGCCCAGAAACCAUGGUACACCAAGAGUGUGGAAAUCCCUGUACUGACACCUGUACCAACCCUGAAAGAGGACAAGUGUGUGAGCGCCACUGUAUUGAUGGAUGCUUCUGCCCUCCUGGCACUAUUUUUGAUGAUAUACACAAGACUGGCUGUAUUCCACACAGUGAAUGCUCCUGCAUCCUUGGAGGUAAAAUAUUUGCAUCUGGGGAGAAUUACACAAGCAACUGCAGAGAGUGUACCUGUGAACAGGGGCAGUGGAAUUGUAACCAAAAGGAUUGUCCACGUGCGUGUUCAGUAGAAGGUGGAUCCCAUAUUACCACUUAUGAUGGAAAAGCCUACACCUUUCAUGGAGACUGCACUUACGUCCUAUCCAAACAAUGCACAGGAACAGAAUUCACAAUUCAAGGAGACCUGGUGAAAUGUGGCGUGACUGAAACUGAAACCUGUUUGAAGGCAAUAACUUUGGCAUUGUCAAAUGGAAAUACUGUGUUUAAAGUGGAUUCCAGUGGAAAUAUUGAGGUCAACAGAAUAAUUGCCCAGCUGCCACUUUUUACAGCUGAUGUGAGCAUUUUCAAGCCCUCCUCAUUCUACAUUAUCAUUCAGGCCCGUUUGAUUGGGCUUCGUCUGGAGAUCCAGCUUGAACCGUUAAUGCAACUUUACAUCACAGUCAAUUCAGCGUACCAAGGAGAAACAUGUGGUCUUUGUGGAAAUUUCAACAACAUUGAGGCUGAUGAUUUUACAACCAUUGGCGGACUCAGGGAAGGAACAGCUUUGGACUUUGCCAACACCUGGAAAACAAGAGCAAGUUGCCUUGAUGCUAAAAGAAACUUUGAGAAUCCUUGCAGUCUUAGCACUGAAAAUGAGAAAUAUGCACAGCACUGGUGCUCCCUGCUGUCAGACCCUUCAUCAGUGUUUGCCCCCUGCCACUCUGAAAUCAGCCCGGAAGUCUACAAAGCAAAUUGUAUAUAUGACAGCUGCAACUGUGAGAAGAGUGAGGACUGUAUGUGUGCUGCAUUGUCUUCAUACGUACAUGCAUGUGCUGCAAGAGGGAUUGCUCUUGAUGGCUGGAGAGAUGUUGCCUGCAAAAAGUACACCCUAACUUGCCCCACCACCACGGUCUACUCCUAUAAAAUGACCAGCUGUGACCGCACUUGCCGAUCCCUCAGCCAAUCAGACAACACCUGCGCCAUUGACUUUGUGCCAGUAGAUGGCUGUGGCUGUGCAGAAGGAACAUACAUGAACGAGAAUGGUGACUGUGUUGCAUCUGCCAGCUGCUCAUGCUAUGAUUCAGGCAAAAUUAUUCCUGCUGGGAUCUCCAUCUCCAAAGAUGGAGGAUCAUGUAUUUGCGAACAAGGGAAACUGAGCUGCACUGGUGGAUCAACUGGGCAAGAAUGCAAAGAGCCAAUGAUGUUUUUCAACUGCUCCAGCGUUAGCCCUGAUUCCAAGGGAUCAGAGUGUCAGAAGAGCUGCAAAACAUUAGACAUGGCCUGUAUCAGCACAGAGUGUGUGUCUGGCUGUGUGUGCCCAUCUGGGCUGGUGUCAGAUGGGAAAGGUGGCUGCAUUGCUGAAGACCUCUGUCCUUGCAUCCAUAAUGGAGUUGCCUACCAACCUGGGGAAAGCAUUAAGACUGAUUGCAAUACAUGUGCUUGUAAGAAUAGACGAUGGAUUUGUACCACAAACCAGUGCAGUGGGACAUGCAGCAUUUAUGGAGAUGGUCAUUAUAGAACCUUUGAUGAGAAAAGAUACGUCUUUAGUGGAAACUGUGAAUACAGCCUUGUUCAGGACUUCUGCAAUGGCACCAGUGGCACUUUCAGAGUCAUUACUGAAAAUAUCCCUUGCGGAUCCAGUGGCACCACUUGUUCCAAGGCUAUCAAGCUUUUUCUUGGAAGCAAUGAGCUUAGAUUGACAGAUGGAUCCUACCAAGUUGUUCACAGAGAUGCAGGAGAGGAGAUUCCCUACCAGAUGCGCACUAUGGGGCUUUACUUGGUGAUUGAGGCCAGUAAUGGUCUGAUGCUCAUUUGGGACAGAAAAACAACAAUACACAUCAAACUGAAUCCAGAGUUUAAUGGGCGUGUGUGUGGUCUAUGUGGAAACUAUGAUGGGAACGCAAAAAAUGACUUCACUACACGCAGUCAAGCAAUUGCUGUCGAAGCCCUGGAUUUUGUAAACAGCUGGAAGCUCUCUAGUUGUCCAGAUGCAACUCUCAUCCAAGAACCAUGUGUCCAUAAUCCGUAUAGAGAGGCCUGGGCAAAGAGGCAGUGCAGCAUCAUUACUAGCAAAGUCUUCUCAACAUGUCAUUCACAGGUGGACCCCUCUCCUUUUUAUGAUGCUUGUGUGAGAGACGCAUGCGCCUGUGAUAGUGGUGGAGAUUAUGAAUGUUUUUGUACGGCUGUAACAGCCUAUGCACAAGCCUGUAACGAGGCUGGAGCCUGUGUUGCCUGGAGAACACCUAAAAUAUGCCCAUUGUUCUGUGAUUAUUACAAUCCCCCUGGUGAAUGUGAGUGGCAUUACCAACCUUGUGGAGCUCCUUGUAUGCAGACAUGCAGAAACCCUUCUGGAAAUUGCUCUAGUCAGAUACCAGCACUUGAAGGAUGCUAUCCUAAAUGUCCUCCGGAGCAACCUGUUUUUGAUGAGGACAACAUGAAGUGUGUGACACAGGAAGAUUGUGGCUGCUUUGUUGAAAUGUUACAUUAUCAAAUUGGCCAGCAGGUGCCAACCACAGAAAACUGUCAGUCAUGUUAUUGUUCAUCAACUGGUGUUAUCUGUGACUUUGAUGUAAAUGAAUCACAAUCUGUGUCCACACUUCAGACGACUGGAGAUCACACCACUGAGUAUGAAUUUACUUCGUUACCUGAAACAUCAACAUCUACAAGCACAUCUCUCCCAGAGACACAAACCUCAUUACCAGUUGUUACAUCCAUGCAACCAACAACGCUAACAAAGACAACUGCUGUGCCAGUCACGGCAACAACAGUGACUGUUGAAUCGACCACUGGAUAUGAGGUUAGCACUCAGGGUGUUUCUUCAACAACAAAAGCAGUGAAAGUUGAAACAACUCUUUCAACCACUACACCAGCCAUCUCAUCAACCACUGUCCUUGUUGAGGAGGGAAGCACCACUGUCCAGCCACCUACAGAAACAUCAUCUCCAAGCAGUGUCUACACAACUUCUAAAUCAUCUACAGCUACUCAAACAACUGGAGAAGUAACAUCAACUGAAACUGUAACUGAAAACGAAUUGACCACAUCUCCCACAUAUUUGCCCACAACCAGGCCGCCAAAAGUGGUAACAACUGGUCAAACAAGCCUACCAACAACUACAGCCACAACCACUUUGGAAGAGUUAACAGCCACAUCAUCUGAAACGUCGACAUCCCCUAGCACAUCUCUCCCAGUGACACAAACUUCACUACCAGUCGUUACAUCCACUCAACCAACAACGCUAACAAAGACAACUGCUGUGCCAGUCAGUACACUUGUGUCAACAACAGUGAGUGUUGAGUCGUCCACUGCGUAUGAGGUUAGCACUCAGGGUGUUUCUUCAACAACAAAACCAGUCAAAGCUGAAACAACUCUUUCAACCACCACACCAGCUAUGCCAUCCACCACUGUCCUUGUCGAGGAGGGCAGCACCACUGUCCAGCCAAGUACAGAAACAUCAUCUCCAAGCAGUGUCUACACAACUUCUAAAUCAUCUACAGCUACUCAAACAACUGGAGAAGUAACAUCAACUGAAACUGUAACUGAAAACGAAUUGACCACAUCUCCCACAUCUUUGUCCACCACCAGGCCACCAAAGGUGGUAACAAGUGGUCAAACAAGACUACCAACAACUACAGCCACGACCACUUUGGAAGAGUUAACAGCCACAUCAUCUGAAACGUCGACAUCCCCUAGCACAUCUCUCCCAGUGACACAAACUUCACUACCAGUCGUUACAUCCACUCAACCAACAACGCUAACAAAGACAACUGCUGUGCCAGUCAGUACACUUGUGUCAACAACAGUGAGUGUUGAGUCGUCCACUGCGUAUGAGGUUAGCACUCAGGGUGUUUCUUCAACAACAAAACCAGUCAAAGCUGAAACAACUCUUUCAACCACCACACCAGCUAUCCCAUCCACCACUGUCCUUGUCGAGGAGGGCAGCACCACUGUCCAGCCGAGUACAGAAACAUCAUCUCCAAGCAGUGUCUACACAACUUCUAAAUCAUCUACAGCUACUCAAACAACUGGAGAAGUAACAUCAACUGAAACUGUAACUGAAAACGAAUUGACCACAUCUCCCACAUCUUUGUCCACCACCAGGCCACCAAAGGUGGUAACAAGUGGUCAAACAAGACUACCAACAACUACAGCCACGACCACUUUGGAAGAGUUAACAGCCACAUCAUCUGAAACGUCGACAUCCCCUAGCACAUCUCUCCCAGUUACACAAACUUCACUACCAGUCGUUACAUCCACUCAACCAACAACGCUAACAAAGACAACUGCUGUGCCAGUCAGUACACUUGUGUCAACAACAGUGAGUGUUGAGUCGUCCACUGCGUAUGAGGUUAGCACUCAGGGUGUUUCUUCAACAACAAAACCAGUCAAAGCUGAAACAACUCUUUCAACCACCACACCAGCUAUGCCAUCCACCACUGUCCUUGUCGAGGAGGGCAGCACCACUGUCCAGCCAAGUACAGAAACAUCAUCUCCAAGCAGUGUCUACACAACUUCUAAAUCAUCUACAGCUACUCAAACAACUGGAGAAGUAACAUCAACUGAAACUGUAACUGAAAACGAAUUGACCACAUCUCCCACAUCUUUGUCCACCACCAGGCCACCAAAGGUGGUAACAAGUGGUCAAACAAGACUACCAACAACUACAGCCACGACCACUUUGGAAGAGUUAACAGCCACAUCAUCUGAAACGUCGACAUCCCCUAGCACAUCUCUCCCAGUGACACAAACUUCACUACCAGUCGUUACAUCCACUCAACCAACAACGCUAACAAAGACAACUGCUGUGCCAGUCAGUACACUUGUGUCAACAACAGUGAGUGUUGAGUCGUCCACUGCGUAUGAGGUUAGCACUCAGGGUGUUUCUUCAACAACAAAACCAGUCAAAGCUGAAACAACUCUUUCAACCACCACACCAGCUAUCCCAUCCACCACUGUCCUUGUCGAGGAGGGCAGCACCACUGUCCAGCCACGUACAGAAACAUCAUCUCCAAGCAGUGUCUACACAACUUCUAAAUCAUCUACAGCUACUCAAACAACUGGAGAAGUAACAUCAACUGAAACUGUAACUGAAAACGAAUUGACCACAUCUCCCACAUCUUUGUCCACCACCAGGCCACCAAAGGUGGUAACAAGUGGUCAAACAAGACUACCAACAACUACAGCCACGACCACUUUGGAAGAGUUAACAGCCACAUCAUCUGAAACGUCGACAUCCCCUAGCACAUCUCUCCCAGUGACACAAACUUCACUACCAGUCGUUACAUCCACUCAACCAACAACGCUAACAAAGACAACUGCUGUGCCAGUCAGUACACUUGUGUCAACAACAGUGAGUGUUGAGUCGUCCACUGCGUAUGAGGUUAGCACUCAGGGUGUUUCUUCAACAACAAAACCAGUCAAAGCUGAAACAACUCUUUCAACCACCACACCAGCUAUCCCAUCCACCACUGUCCUUGUCGAGGAGGGCAGCACCACUGUCCAGCCAAGUACAGAAACAUCAUCUCCAAGCAGUGUCUACACAACUUCUAAAUCAUCUACAGCUACUCAAACAACUGGAGAAGUAACAUCAACUGAAACUGUAACUGAAAACGAAUUGACCACAUCUCCCACAUCUUUGUCCACCACCAGGCCACCAAAGGUGGUAACAAGUGGUCAAACAAGACUACCAACAACUACAGCCACGACCACUUUGGAAGAGUUAACAGCCACAUCAUCUGAAACGUCGACAUCCCCUAGCACAUCUCUCCCAGUGACACAAACUUCACUACCAGUCGUUACAUCCACUCAACCAACAACGCUAACAAAGACAACUGCUGUGCCAGUCAGUACACUUGUGUCAACAACAGUGAGUGUUGAGUCGUCCACUGCGUAUGAGGUUAGCACUCAGGGUGUUUCUUCAACAACAAAACCAGUCAAAGCUGAAACAACUCUUUCAACCACCACACCAGCUAUCCCAUCCACCACUGUCCUUGUCGAGGAGGGCAGCACCACUGUCCAGCCAAGUACAGAAACAUCAUCUCCAAGCAGUGUCUACACAACUUCUAAAUCAUCUACAGCUACUCAAACAACUGGAGAAGUAACAUCAACUGAAACUGUAACUGAAAACGAAUUGACCACAUCUCCCACAUCUUUGUCCACCACCAGGCCACCAAAGGUGGUAACAAGUGGUCAAACAAGACUACCAACAACUACAGCCACGACCACUUUGGAAGAGUUAACAGCCACAUCAUCUGAAACGUCGACAUCCCCUAGCACAUCUCUCCCAGUUACACAAACUUCACUACCAGUCGUUACAUCCACUCAACCAACAACGCUAACAAAGACAACUGCUGUGCCAGUCAGUACACUUGUGUCAACAACAGUGAGUGUUGAGUCGUCCACUGCGUAUGAGGUUAGCACUCAGGGUGUUUCUUCAACAACAAAACCAGUCAAAGCUGAAACAACUCUUUCAACCACCACACCAGCUAUCCCAUCCACCACUGUCCUUGUCGAGGAGGGCAGCACCACUGUCCAGCCAAGUACAGAAACAUCAUCUCCAAGCAGUGUCUACACAACUUCUAAAUCAUCUACAGCUACUCAAACAACUGGAGAAGUAACAUCAACUGAAACUGUAACUGAAAACGAAUUGACCACAUCUCCCACAUCUUUGUCCACCACCAGGCCACCAAAGGUGGUAACAAGUGGUCAAACAAGACUACCAACAACUACAGCCACGACCACUUUGGAAGAGUUAACAGCCACAUCAUCUGAAACGUCGACAUCCCCUAGCACAUCUCUCCCAGUGACACAAACUUCACUACCAGUCGUUACAUCCACUCAACCAACAACGCUAACAAAGACAACUGCUGUGCCAGUCAGUACACUUGUGUCAACAACAGUGAGUGUUGAGUCGUCCACUGCGUAUGAGGUUAGCACUCAGGGUGUUUCUUCAACAACAAAACCAGUCAAAGCUGAAACAACUCUUUCAACCACCACACCAGCUAUCCCAUCCACCACUGUCCUUGUCGAGGAGGGCAGCACCACUGUCCAGCCAAGUACAGAAACAUCAUCUCCAAGCAGUGUCUACACAACUUCUAAAUCAUCUACAGCUACUCAAACAACUGGAGAAGUAACAUCAACUGAAACUGUAACUGAAAACGAAUUGACCACAUCUCCCACAUCUUUGUCCACCACCAGGCCACCAAAGGUGGUAACAAGUGGUCAAACAAGACUACCAACAACUACAGCCACGACCACUUUGGAAGAGUUAACAGCCACAUCAUCUGAAACGUCGACAUCCCCUAGCACAUCUCUCCCAGUGACACAAACUUCACUACCAGUCGUUACAUCCACUCAACCAACAACGCUAACAAAGACAACUGCUGUGCCAGUCAGUACACUUGUGUCAACAACAGUGAGUGUUGAGUCGUCCACUGCGUAUGAGGUUAGCACUCAGGGUGUUUCUUCAACAACAAAACCAGUCAAAGCUGAAACAACUCUUUCAACCACCACACCAGCUAUCCCAUCCACCACUGUCCUUGUCGAGGAGGGCAGCACCACUGUCCAGCCAAGUACAGAAACAUCAUCUCCAAGCAGUGUCUACACAACUUCUAAAUCAUCUACAGCUACUCAAACAACUGGAGAAGUAACAUCAACUGAAACUGUAACUGAAAACGAAUUGACCACAUCUCCCACAUCUUUGUCCACCACCAGGCCACCAAAGGUGGUAACAAGUGGUCAAACAAGACUACCAACAACUACAGCCACGACCACUUUGGAAGAGUUAACAGCCACAUCAUCUGAAACGUCGACAUCCCCUAGCACAUCUCUCCCAGUGACACAAACUUCACUACCAGUCGUUACAUCCACUCAACCAACAACGCUAACAAAGACAACUGCUGUGCCAGUCAGUACACUUGUGUCAACAACAGUGAGUGUUGAGUCGUCCACUGCGUAUGAGGUUAGCACUCAGGGUGUUUCUUCAACAACAAAACCAGUCAAAGCUGAAACAACUCUUUCAACCACCACACCAGCUAUCCCAUCCACCACUGUCCUUGUCGAGGAGGGCAGCACCACUGUCCAGCCAAGUACAGAAACAUCAUCUCCAAGCAGUGUCUACACAACUUCUAAAUCAUCUACAGCUACUCAAACAACUGGAGAAGUAACAUCAACUGAAACUGUAACUGAAAACGAAUUGACCACAUCUCCCACAUCUUUGUCCACCACCAGGCCACCAAAGGUGGUAACAAGUGGUCAAACAAGACUACCAACAACUACAGCCACGACCACUUUGGAAGAGUUAACAGCCACAUCAUCUGAAACGUCGACAUCCCCUAGCACAUCUCUCCCAGUGACACAAACUUCACUACCAGUCGUUACAUCCACUCAACCAACAACGCUAACAAAGACAACUGCUGUGCCAGUCAGUACACUUGUGUCAACAACAGUGAGUGUUGAGUCGUCCACUGCGUAUGAGGUUAGCACUCAGGGUGUUUCUUCAACAACAAAACCAGUCAAAGCUGAAACAACUCUUUCAACCACCACACCAGCUAUCCCAUCCACCACUGUCCUUGUCGAGGAGGGCAGCACCACUGUCCAGCCAGUACAGAAACAUCAUCUCCAAGCAGUGUCUACACAACUUCUAAAUCAUCUACAGCUACUCAAACAACUGGAGAAGCCACCAAAGGUGGUAACAAGUGGUCAAACAAGACUACCAACAACUACAGCCACGACCACUUUGGAAGAGUUAACAGCCACAUCAUCUGAAACGUCGACAUCCCCUAGCACAUCUCUCCCAGUGACACAAACUUCACUACCAGUCGUUACAUCCACUCAACCAACAACGCUAACAAAGACAACUGCUGUGCCAGUCAGUACACUUGUGUCAACAACAGUGAGUGUUGAGUCGUCCACUGCGUAUGAGGUUAGCACUCAGGGUGUUUCUUCAACAACAAAACCAGUCAAAGCUGAAACAACUCUUUCAACCACCACACCAGCUAUCCCAUCCACCACUGUCCUUGUCGAGGAGGGCAGCACCACUGUCCAGCCAAGUACAGAAACAUCAUCUCCAAGCAGUGUCUACACAACUUCUAAAUCAUCUACAGCUACUCAAACAACUGGAGAAGUAACAUCAACUGAAACUGUAACUGAAAACGAAUUGACCACAUCUCCCACAUCUUUGUCCACCACCAGGCCACCAAAGGUGGUAACAAGUGGUCAAACAAGACUACCAACAACUACAGCCACGACCACUUUGGAAGAGUUAACAGCCACAUCAUCUGAAACGUCGACAUCCCCUAGCACAUCUCUCCCAGUGACACAAACUUCACUACCAGUCGUUACAUCCACUCAACCAACAACGCUAACAAAGACAACUGCUGUGCCAGUCAGUACACUUGUGUCAACAACAGUGAGUGUUGAGUCGUCCACUGCGUAUGAGGUUAGCACUCAGGGUGUUUCUUCAACAACAAAACCAGUCAAAGCUGAAACAACUCUUUCAACCACCACACCAGCUAUCCCAUCCACCACUGUCCUUGUCGAGGAGGGCAGCACCACUGUCCAGCCAAGUACAGAAACAUCAUCUCCAAGCAGUGUCUACACAACUUCUAAAUCAUCUACAGCUACUCAAACAACUGGAGAAGUAACAUCAACUGAAACUGUAACUGAAAACGAAUUGACCACAUCUCCCACAUCUUUGUCCACCACCAGGCCACCAAAGGUGGUAACAAGUGGUCAAACAAGACUACCAACAACUACAGCCACGACCACUUUGGAAGAGUUAACAGCCACAUCAUCUGAAACGUCGACAUCCCCUAGCACAUCUCUCCCAGUGACACAAACUUCACUACCAGUCGUUACAUCCACUCAACCAACAACGCUAACAAAGACAACUGCUGUGCCAGUCAGUACACUUGUGUCAACAACAGUGAGUGUUGAGUCGUCCACUGCGUAUGAGGUUAGCACUCAGGGUGUUUCUUCAACAACAAAACCAGUCAAAGCUGAAACAACUCUUUCAACCACCACACCAGCUAUCCCAUCCACCACUGUCCUUGUCGAGGAGGGCAGCACCACUGUCCAGCCAAGUACAGAAACAUCAUCUCCAAGCAGUGUCUACACAACUUCUAAAUCAUCUACAGCUACUCAAACAACUGGAGAAGUAACAUCAACUGAAACUGUAACUGAAAACGAAUUGACCACAUCUCCCACAUCUUUGUCCACCACCAGGCCACCAAAGGUGGUAACAAGUGGUCAAACAAGACUACCAACAACUACAGCCACGACCACUUUGGAAGAGUUAACAGCCACAUCAUCUGAAACGUCGACAUCCCCUAGCACAUCUCUCCCAGUGACACAAACUUCACUACCAGUCGUUACAUCCACUCAACCAACAACGCUAACAAAGACAACUGCUGUGCCAGUCAGUACACUUGUGUCAACAACAGUGAGUGUUGAGUCGUCCACUGCGUAUGAGGUUAGCACUCAGGGUGUUUCUUCAACAACAAAACCAGUCAAAGCUGAAACAACUCUUUCAACCACCACACCAGCUAUCCCAUCCACCACUGUCCUUGUCGAGGAGGGCAGCACCACUGUCCAGCCACGUACAGAAACAUCAUCUCCAAGCAGUGUCUACACAACUUCUAAAUCAUCUACAGCUACUCAAACAACUGGAGAAGUAACAUCAACUGAAACUGUAACUGAAAACGAAUUGACCACAUCUCCCACAUCUUUGUCCACCACCAGGCCACCAAAGGUGGUAACAAGUGGUCAAACAAGACUACCAACAACUACAGCCACGACCACUUUGGAAGAGUUAACAGCCACAUCAUCUGAAACUUUGACAUCCCCUAGCACAUCUUUCCCAGUGACACAAACUUCACUACCAGUCGUGACAUCCACUCAACCAACAACACUAACAAAGACAACUGCUGUGCCAGUCAGUACACUUGUGUCAACAACAGUGAGUGCUGAAUCGUCCACUGAGUAUGAAGUUAGCACGCAGGGUGUUUCUUCAACAACAAAACCAGUGAAAGCUGAAACAACUCUUUCAACCACCACACCAGCCAUCACUUCCACCACUGUCCUUGUCGAGGAGGGAAGCACCACUGUCCAGCCAUCUACAGAAACAUCAUCUCCAAGCAGUGUCUACACAACUACUAAAUCAUCUACAGCUACUCAAACAACCGGAGAAGUAACAACAACUGAGACUGUAACUGAGAACGAACUGACCACAUCUCCCACACAUUUGUCCACCACCAGGCCGCCAAAGGUGGUAACAACUGGUCAAACAAUCCUACCAACAACUACAGCCACAACCACUUUGGAAGAGUUGACAGCUACAUCAUCUGAAACGUCGACAUCCCCAAGCACAUCUCUCCCAGUGACACAAACUUCACUACCAGUCAUUACAUCCACUCAACCAACAACGCUAACAAAGACAACUGCUGUGCCAGUCAGUACACUUGUGUCAACAACAGUGAGUGUUGAAUCGUCCACUGGUAGACAAUCGUCUACAUCCAACAAGCCAGAAAAAUUGACAAGUGGACCAACAACUGAAGUUAUUUUAACUGCUUCUACUGCACAAAUUAAACAUUCAACUGAACAACUGGUAUUUGUAACUUCAAAGCCUUCAACAUCAUCAGAUCAAACAUCAACACUCUCCUUAUCAACGACAGCAAAGAGAACAACGGUCACUGAAAGUUCCAUAGAGACACAAAGUACAGUAACAUCAAAAACCUCAAUUGCACCCAUUACAAAAACACUUCCAACAGUCACUGGUAAAGUGUGGACAACACUUUCCACAGAAUCACAAUCUGUGUCCACACUUCAAACGACUGGAGAUCACACCACUGGGUAUGAAUUUACUUCGUUAUCUGAAACAUCAACAUCCCCUAGCACAUCUCUCCCAGAGACACAAACCUCAUUACCAGUUGUUACAUCCAUGCAACCAACAACGCUAACAAAGACAACUGCUGUGCCACUCAGUACAAUUGUGUCAACAACAGUUAGUGUUGAAUCGUCCACUGGGUAUGAGGUUAGCACUCAGGGUGUUUCUUCAACAACAAAACCAGUCAAAGCUGAAACAACUCUUUCAACCACCACACCAGCUAUCCCAUCCACCACUGUCUUUGUCGAGGAGGGAAGCACCACUGUCCAGCCACCUACAGAAACAUCAUCUCCAAGCAGUGUCUACACAACUUCAAAAUCAUCUACAGCUACUCAAACAACUGGAGAAGUAACAACAACUGAGACUGUAACUGAAAACGAAUUGACCACAUCUCCCACACUUUUGUCUACCACCAGGCCACCAAAGGUGGUAACAACUGGUCAAACAAAUCUACCAACAACUACAGCCACGACCACAUUAGAAGAGUUGACAGCUACAUCAUCUGAAACGUUGACAUCCCCUAGCACAUCUCUCCCAGUGACACAAACUUCACUACCAAUCGUUACAUCCACUCAACCAACAACACUAACAGAGACAACUGCUGUGCCAGUCAGUACACUUGUGUCAACAACAGUGAGAGUCGAAUCAUCCACUGGGUAUGAGGUUAGCACUCAGGGUGUUUCUUCAACAACAAAACCAGUCAAAGCUGAAACAACUCUUUCAACCACCACACCAGCCAUCCCAUCCACCACUGUCCUUGUUGAGGAGGGAAGCACCACUGUCCAGCCACCUACAGAAACAUCAUCUCCAAGCAGUGUCUACACAACUUCAAAAUCAUCUACAGCUACUCAAACAACUGGAGAAGUAACAACAACUGAGACUGUAACUGAAAACGAAUUGACCACAUCUCCCACACUUUUGUCCACCACCAGGCCGCCAAAGGUGGUAACAACUGGUCAAACAAAUCUACCAACAACUACAGCCACGACCACAUUAGAAGAGUUGACAGCUACAUCAUCUGAAACGUUGACAUCCCCUAGCACAUCUCUCCCAGUGACACAAACUUCACUACCAAUUGUUACAUCCACUCAACCAACAACACUAACAGAGACAACUGCUGUGCCAGUCAGUACACUUGUGUCAACAACAGUGAGAGUCGAAUCAUCCACUGGGUAUGAGGUUAGCACUCAGGGUGUUUCUUCAACAACAAAACCAGUCAAAGCUGAAACAACUCUUUCAACCACCACACCAGCUAUCCCAUCCACCACUGUCCUUGUCGAGGAGGGCAGCACCACUGUCCAGCCGAGUACAGAAACAUCAUCUCCAAGCAGUGUCUACACAACUUCUAAAUCAUCUACAGCUACUCAAACAACUGGAGAAGUAACAUCAACUGAAACUGUAACUGAAAACGAAUUGACCACAUCUCCCACAUCUUUGUCCACCACCAGGCCACCAAAGGUGGUAACAAGUGGUCAAACAAGACUACCAACAACUACAGCCACGACCACUUUGGAAGAGUUAACAGCCACAUCAUCUGAAACGUCGACAUCCCCUAGCACAUCUCUCCCAGUUACACAAACUUCACUACCAGUCGUUACAUCUACUCAACCAACAACGCUAACAAAGACAACUGCUGUGCCAGUCAGUACAUUUGUGUCAACAACAGUGAGUGUUGAGUCGUCCACUGCGUAUGAGGUUAGCACUCAGGGUGUUUCUUCAACAACAAAACCAGUCAAAGCUGAAACAACUCUUUCAACCACCACACCAGCUAUCCCAUCCACCACUGUCCUUGUCGAGGAGGGCAGCACCACUGUCCAGCCAAGUACAGAAACAUCAUCUCCAAGCAGUGUCUACACAACUUCUAAAUCAUCUACAGCUACUCAAACAACUGGAGAAGUAACAUCAACUGAAACUGUAACUGAAAACGAAUUGACCACAUCUCCCACAUCUUUGUCCACCACCAGGCCACCAAAGGUGGUAACAAGUGGUCAAACAAGACUACCAACAACUACAGCCACGACCACUUUGGAAAAGUUAACAGCCACAUCAUCUGAAACGUCGACAUCCCCUAGCACAUCUCUCCCAGUGACACAAACUUCACUACCAGUCGUUACAUCCACUCAACCAACAACGCUAACAAAGACAACUGCUGUGCCAGUCAGUACACUUGUGUCAACAACAGUUAGUGUUGAAUCGUCCACUGCGUAUGAGGUUAGCACUCAGGGUGUUUCUUCAACAACAAAACCAGUCAAAGCUGAAACAACUCUUUCAACCACCACACCAGCCAUCCCAUCCACCACUGUCCUUGUUGAGGAGGGAAGCACCACUGUCCAGCUACCUACAGAAACAUCAUCCCCAAGCAGUGUCUACACAACUUCAAAAUCCUCUACAGCUACUCAAACAACUGGAGAAGUAACAACAACUGAGACUGUAACUGAGAAUGAUUUGACCACAUCUGAGACACAUUUGUCAACCACCAAGCCUCCGAAGGUGAUAACAACUGGCCUACCAACAACUACAGCAACAUCCACUUUAGAAGAGGAAACUCUACCAUAUUUCACCCAUUCUUUGACUUCAGAAUCCUCCCUAUACUCAACCACUUCUAUUAUUUGUUGUCUCGUGAAUGGCACACAUUUUCAAUCAGGUGAUAUAAUUUAUAAUGUUACUGAUGGCUUUGGUUGGUGCUUUACUGCAUACUGUAAUGCAACUUGUGAUAUCGUGAAGAUUUCAACAUCUUGUGGAACCUCUCCAUCACCAUCCAUUUCUCCUGAAACAACCACAUAUUCUAGCACAUCAACAAUAGGCACAAAACAACCCGUCACAUUAAUAUCCACAACUAAUACAAACACAGAAGUAACAACUACAAACUUUGGGCCUAAGUGUGAUUCCCUUGAUCCACCAAGACAGCCCAAUGAUACAUGGCAGAGUGGAUGUCAAAUGUGUCAGUGUGAGAGUGAAACACUGAGGGUCGUUUGCCAGCCUGUUACUUGUCCUGUUUCACCAUCUGUUACUUGUGAUAAGCCUGGACAAGUCCUUGUCAACAAAACAAUUGACUGCUGUGAGAUCUAUGAAUGCAGUUGCGAUAUAAAUCUGUGCCCUAUUCCCUCAAUACAAUGUCCACUGGGCUUUAUACCAUCCUUCAGUAUCACUCCAGAUAACUGCUGUCCAGAAUUUGUUUGCUCACCCAUGGAAGUUUGUGUCCAUAAUACCACAGUGUAUCAGCCUGGCUCACCUAUCCCAAGUGAUGAUCCUUGUACACUUUGUCACUGUGGUUGGAAUGUAGACCCUGAAACAAAACUUAAUUCCCCAGAGUGUGUGAUCGCUGAUUGCUAUCACACACUCUAUAACUGUCCAGAGAAUCAGGAGUACCAAGCUAUUCCUGGUCAGUGCUGUGGAGAGUGCGUUAGCACUGAUUGUGUGGUUAUGCACGACAACACCACAGUUUCGAUUUCAGUUAACGAGAUAUGGCAACCAACUAAUGACAAAUGUGUGACAUACAUGUGUGAACGAAUCGACGGUAACUCAUUGGCAGUUGAGAUUAAGACUGCUUGUCCUGCCUUUAAUGCUGAAGAUUGUAUCCCUGGAACAGAGACAAUAGACGCAAAUGGCUGCUGUAAAACAUGUACACUGGAGACCAAAUGUAAGGUCCAGAAAAACAGCACCUACUUGGUCAGCAAUGGCUGUAUAAGCAGCACACCUGUGGAAAUAACUUCUUGUGCAGGCUUGUGUGAUACCUCAUCAAUAUAUUCAAUGGAAGCGAACUCUCUUGUGCAUUCAUGCUCGUGCUGUCAAGAAAUGACAACCACCAAAAAGGAAGUGACUCUGACUUGCCCAGAUGGGUCAAACAUCAACCACUCAUACAUUCACAUUGAUUCUUGUGGCUGCAAGGCCAGCGAUUGCCCUGGUCAAUCUACUUCCUUAAAGAGACGUCGGAGGAGAUUGUGAACCUGCUUUUUUUAACAACAUUCAAUAGAGCCAUUUCAAAUGUAUCUCAUGAAUCUGUACUUUUUAAAUGUUUGUGAUAAUUAACUGGUGUCAUGAGAAUGACAGCUCUUAUAUUUCUUGUCUAGUAACUCUUAAUAAACUAAUGCAAAUUUAAG